GAGGAAGCUCUAAUAUUCAGUCUGGGUUGGUGAGAAGAAGAGACAGAGGAGCUUUCACUUGUGCACCAGCCAGAAAGAAAGAUGGAGCCAGCUAAACUCUCCACAGAAACAGCUAACCAAGUUAUCACAUGUCGAGCAGCUGUUGCCUGGAAAGCCAAUGCUCCUUUGUCCAUUGAGAAGGUUGAAGUUGAUCCACCAAAGACUGGGGAGGUUCGAAUUAAGAUUAUAUCCUCUGGCGUCUGUGGUACUGAUAACCACAUCCUGGAAGGAAAAAACGAAAUCCCAUUUCCUAUAAUCUUGGGCCACGAGGGGGCUGGAAUUGUAGAGAGCAUUGGAAAAGGCGUAACCACUGUGAAACCAGGAGACAAAGUCUUAAUGUUCCCUCUUCCAGAGUGCAGAGAAUGCGACUCUUGCCUGAACCCCAAGGGCAACCUCUGCUUGAAGGGAGAUGUUCUCUCUCCAACUGGAUUAAUGUUAGAUGGAACCAGCAGAUUUACCUGCAGGGGAAAGAAGAUUUAUCAUCUUUAUCGUACAAGCACAUUCACUGAAUAUACUGUUGUGCAUGAAAUAGCAGUGGGGAAAAUCGAUGCUGCUGCUCCUUUGGAUAAAGUCUGUAUCAUGAGCUGUGAGGUGCCUACAAGCUUUGGAGCUGUGUUUAACACUGCAAAGGUCACUCCAGGUUCCACCUGUGUGGUCUUUGGACUUGGAGGAAUUGGUUCAGCCAUUGUGAUGGCCUGCAAAGCCUCUGGUGCUUCCAGGAUCAUUGGGGUUGACAUCAAUGAGCAGAAGUUUCCUCGGGCGAGAGCUUUAGGAGUCACUGACUGUCUCAACCCUCGGAACCUCAAGAAGCCUGUCCAGGAGGUGGUGAUGGAAAUGACAGGUGUUGGUGUUGACUUUGCCUUUGAGGCCAUUGGACUCAUUGAUACCAUGGUUGCAGCUUUGGAAUCAUGCAAUCUGAGCUAUGGAGUGUGUGUGAUCGUUGGAGCAGCACCCUCAAAUUCAAAACUCUCCUUUGACCCCAUGCUGAUUCUCUCUGGGAGAACCCUGAAAGGUGGCAUUCUGGGAGUGUAUAAAACCAGAGACUGUAUUCCAAAACUGGUUACUGACUACCUACAAAACAAAAUCAAUAUAGACCCACUUAUAACCCAUAAGUUGCCUUUUGAAAGAAUCAAUGAGGCAUUUAAAUUGCUCCAGAAUGGACCUUGCAUCCGUUGUGUCCUCUUGUUUUGAGACCCCAGAGGAUGAAAAUGGAGAAAAUGGAGCACAAGUAUCCUCAGCAAUGCUUUUUUUUUUUUUUGCCUUUCCCACCUCCUUGACAAUUUAAUUAUAGUACAGAAAGCCCAAAAUUAAAGCUAGCACUGUGGCGCAGAGGGUUAAGCUUCCAUCUGCAGUACUGGCAUCCCAUAUGCUUCACUUUAAAUCCAGCUCCCUACUAACGCACCUGGCAAAGCAAUGGAAGAUUGCUUGGGAUUCUGCACUCAUGUGGGAGAUCUAGAUGAAGUUCCUGGCUCCUGGCUUUGACCUGGCCCAGCCCUGGUCAUUGUGCGAUUUGUGGAGUUAACCAGCAGAUGGAAGAUCUCUCUCUCUAUCUCUCUCUCUCUCUGUUUCUCCCUCUCGGUAACUCUGACUUUCAAAUAAAUAAAUAAAUGAAAAAAAAAAA